AUCGCAGAUUUUGAACCAUUGGGAGAGUCCCAAUGCCGGAAGAAGAUCUGGUCGAGCUUAAGUUCCGGCUAUACGAUGGGACCGACAUCGGACCGAUCCGGUACUCCUCAGCCUCUACUGUUGCCAUGCUCAAGGAAAGAAUCGUUGCCGAAUGGCCGAAAGAUAAAAAAAUUGUACCAAAAGCGGCAAAUGAUGUCAAACUGAUAAGUGCUGGGAAAAUCUUGGAAAACAGCAAGACUGUUGGCCAGUGUAGAGAACCCUUUGGUGAGCUCCCAGGAGGGGUCAUCACCAUGCAUGUUGUUGUUCAGCCCUCUCUAGUGAAGACAAAAACAGAAAAGAAGGUUGACGAUUCCCCCAGGAAAAGUGUCUGCUCCUGUACCAUUUUGUAAGAGCAAGUGAAUGAAAGGUUGGAGCUGUUGGCACUAGGUCUAUUUCUUCGGCUGUGAGUAGCUGGAAAGACGCCCUUUGAACCAUGGUCUCGACUCGUUGGAAGGAUGUUUAUAUUGUAUUCCUGUUGGUGGUUUAUGUACUUGGUUAUCUGUCCUCUCUUAAUUUCUUUGAUUGGAUUGAUAUUUCUGUAGGGCAUUUAUUCAUACCAUCGCAUUUCCUGGUGUUUUGAGGUAGUAUAUAUAGUAUAUAUAUAGUGUGGGUGCUAGGUUGGUGGAGAGAUGCUUUACACUGUGGGCAUGAAUCAAUUUAGGAACCAAGCUGGUGCGUUGAAGUAGAGCUUUUCAUCUGUUGUGUAUUUUCAGUUACUUGUAUCGGCAUUGUUUUACUUAAAAGACUCCUGAGUCCUGACUUCAUGGCUUUGUUCUGGCCAAGGAGUGAUAUAUGAUGUAUUGUUAAGAACCCCUCUUGUAUGGAGGGUGUGUGUCACUAA